AUGACGGCGCGUCUCACGCAAAAUCGCGAGAUUAUGAGGUUCAUCGAACGCGACGUCGCCAAACUCUAUCGCGAAGAAUUCGAAGCAGAUGGACCGCCCGAUCUCGACAAGAUGCGGGUCGCACAACUUAUUGUUUACUUCGAACCGUGCAAAAUCGCCAACAAGUUCCGUGUACACUCAUCAAAAAAGAUGCUGGGGCGGUUGUUCCUCUCCCUUAUCUGUGGUGCGACUGCGAACGAUGCUGGGUUGGAUCCCGAUUCCCCGUCCUCGUCUCUUCGAAAGCUCUGGUUGCAGAGAAAGUCCGCCGAGCACCCCACAGUUAUAAUCCAGUUCUUCUAUCUCUCCGCCGUGCACCUCACGACCGUCAAUAUUACGCCAACCACACAGGAAGACCUACGAGCCGUCAAGCCCGGUAUGCGGAUUAUCCCAUUCCUCGGUGUCUAUGUCAAGAACGCUAUUUCGACUGGACUCGAGGAAGCGGAUGAGAUUAUCAGAGCAGACGAAGAAGAUACCCUGCAACUGAGAAAGGAAAUGUCCGAUGAAGACAAAGUAGUGUAUUCCAGUCGAAGGCACGCAGCUAAGGGGGUUGAAAUCCAAUCUCCCUCAGCUUGA